UGGAGGCUGAAAAUGCCUUGCUGAAGGCUGAAAACGCCCGGGUGAAAGACCUGGAGGCUGAAAACCCACGGCUGAAGAAGCUGAGGGCUGAAAACGUUGCUCUCAAAAAGCAGAUCACCAUGAAAAAUAUUUCCUGGGGAGAAGAGAGGAAGAAGGUGGCCGAGAAGUUGGAGUCUUCUGCCUCACUUCUGUUGAAGUCCAAAGACGACCUGACCAGCUUGAUUCAGCUCGUGGAGUCUGAAAAAGCCAAAGAGAAGGAGCUGGAGAAGGAGCUCAGGAACAUGAACAUGAGGUUUAAACUAAAAGAGGUCGAGGUCGUCUCCCUGAAUGCAGACCUGAAGCUCCAGGAGGACAAGCUGCAGCGAUACAUCCUCGAAAAUGAGGGCAGGCCCGAGGAAAUAGAGGAGCUGCAUAAAAAAAUGAGAGACUUAGAUGAAAGGUGGUCCACCGAGCACAAGGAGUCCCUAGAAAAGGAAAUCAAGCUGGAGGACGACAUAAAACUCCCGAUCCAGCAGAACAUUGUGCUUCAGGAACAGGCCUUGAAGACCGACAGCUACAAGGAGAGGGUCAAGAAGGAGAAAGAGGAGAAGAAAGAAAGGAAGAAGAGCGGGAAGGAGGAGAAGAUGGAGAAGAGAGAGAAGGAGGAGAUUGAGGGGACAACGAGGAGGAGGCUCCCCUGUUUUCUCUUCAACUUCAAACCCUCCUAAUCUCCUCUCCCAUCCUUUCUCUCCCUCUGCCCUGUCAAUCAUCCCCUCAUCCCAGCUCCCCCACUCCCUUACACCUUA